GCGGCAAGCAAGGUUGUGGCAAGCUCCACAAACGACGGAAAACAAGCCGGGGCUGCCCCGUCGCCAGUCCGCCCCUUGCCAAGCAGCGGCGCGUCUCCCAGUGCAAAGUCUCGGUACAGCGCCAAUGGAGCCCAUCAUCUCCAUCCCCGGGUCCAUGGCCUCGCCCCUCUCUUCACAGAGACGCCGCCACGUCGCCGGCGCCAUGACGAACACGCACGCGUUAAGAGGCACCUCACCCAACACCUCGAAGGACAUACAAGCAGCGUACAAGGAGUACGAGCGGUCCUUCGACGAGCUGUCCCAGGCGUCGGCGGCGUCUCCACCAUUAUUUCGGAGGCGCUGGGGCGACGGUAGUGUCGAAGACGACGACGUCUCCGUGCUGACGGCGCCGGUCGUCCAUCAACAGCGGCGGCCGAGCCAGCGAGAAUUGGAAAGAGAGCUAGUGCGCGCCGACGUCGCCGGCCGCGUCACGGACCACAACUCGACGGCGACGGCUAUCACUCGCCGCGCGCCCGACGACCGCUCCGUGGUCUCAGAGGCGUCCACGGCCUCGGCCUUCGAGGUCCAGCGCAAGGGCCACCUCGGCGUCGUCGAGAAGUUCCACGCGAUACCGGUGGCCCCCGUCCACGAUAAAAAUGGAGCCGGCGCGCCCGCGCGCUGCGAGCAGGCGCCGGCGCGGGCCCAGCCGCGCGCGACUCGGUCGUCUCGGUCGUCUGCAGGCUCGGUCUCGGCCGUCUCGGCGCCGGCGCCGGCGCCGCUCGACGCGGCCGGUGCGGACGACCAGGCCUCUGUCGUCACGGCGGCGGCCUCCGCCGCGCUCGAGCUCGAGACUUUGCGUCCCAGUCGCACAUCUCUCGCGAGCUCGCCGGCCAAGUCGCUCGCGACGGCGUCUCCAUCAAAAAUGUCCCACAUCUUCAGCGACACCGCCACGACGGCGACGGCGACGGCGUCGCCCUCAAAGUCGCACAUUUUUGGGGAUGCGCUCUCCGUCUCCACAACCACCACCCACGUCCAGCCCGCGCGCGCGCCGGGCGCCGGCCGCGCCGUGACGUGCGCGGACCUCGCGGCGUUUAAUGGCGACGCGACGCACCUCGAGCGCGCGGUCGAGGAGCGGUCCGUCGCCUUCUCGCCGCCGCGCUCAAGGCAAAUGGUCGUCGAGCGCCGCCGCGCUUUGGGGAGAUGCCUCACGCCGGAGGACGCCCUGCUGCCCCGAACGUUGAGGAAAGCUAUACGAAGGACGAGCCCGCCGAAGGCACGAAAGUCCGCGCUGCCGUCACCCGUCGCGUCGCCGCCGGCGCGGCGGCCGGCGCCCACCGGGGCCUACGUGCGGCCCGUCCCGACACCCGACGGCGUCCGGAGUCUGUUGAAAACGUUCCCGCGCCACUGGACCGACAUCGCCGAGCACACGAACUGGGGCCGGCCGGAGCCGGUCCGGAAGGACGUCGUGUUGCGCGUCGACGAAAAGCCGGGCGUGGACCCGACUUCCUACAGAACGCACCACCUCCGGCGGCCCGACGCGCUGAAGCCGUUUGAUCAUCUUUUGGAUCCGGGGCGGAACCUGGCGUCAAAGUAAGUUUUCUAGUUGUGGGA